AUGGCAGACAAGGAAAAGCACGAACAUUCUGCUGAUUCUGGCAACACCAGCCCCAGUUUGGCAGAAAACCUUGAUGCCGGUCUUGCACGCAAGGAGCAGCGGGAUGUAAAGACUCGGCCGAGCAACAGCUUCCUGGACAAAUUUGGCCUGCCCGAAUGGACCGUUCGUGGCAAGCUGUUGGAAGGCCGGAUGCUGAACAACUGCAUCGGCAUCAUCGCGUCAUGCGGUUUCCUCAUGUUUGGCUACGACCAAGGCGUGCUAAGCGCGCUUCUAACGCUAGACGACUUUCAGAAGAACCUGCCUUUAAUGACGCCGCGUGAUCAGGCCAACCCCAUCUGCUGGCUGGACCACGAUGCGACAAUCCCCAACCCCGAUAUGUGCACUGGGGAUGCGAAUACCCAGGCGGCUGGCGUGGCCAUAUAUCAGAUCGGCUGUUUCCUCGGCGCAGUACUCGUCUUCUUCUAUGGCGAAUCCUGGGGCCGCAAGUCUUCUACAUUCUGGGGGAGUCUGAUCAUGAUUAUCGGUACCAUUAUGCAGGCCGCAUGCUUUGAGUACGGUUUGUUUGUAGCUGGGCGCAUUGUUGGCGGUGUCGGUAAUGGCAUGGUGACAUCAACGAUCCCAACUUGGCAGUCGGAGUGUGCCCGCCCACACAAGCGUGGCUUCCUCAUCAUGCUCUCGGGUGCGCUCAUUUCGGGCGGCAUCAUGAUUGCGUACUGGAUCGACUUUGGCUUCUACUUCUUGGAGGGCUCCGUUCGCUGGCGUUUCCCCAUCGCUUUCCAGAGCUUCUUCACCCUUAUCGUCAUGUGGGGGCUUAUGUAUCUGCCCGAGUCUCCUCGCUGGCUGGCCAUGCACGGACGAAUGGACGAGGCUGCGUCGGUGACGGCGCGCCUUCUCGGAAAAUCCAUCGACGACGAGGAAACGCGGCAGGAAGUACAAAACAUCAUCGACGGCAUCGAGGCCCAGGGUGCGCAGGGCAAAUUCAGCAACAAGGAGCUUCUCACUGGCGGUCCUUCGCAGAAUCUACGCCGAACCCUCAUUGGUAUCGCCGCUCAGUUUGGUCAGCAAAUCUGCGGCAUCAAUCUCAUUACCUACUACGCCACCUUCUUGUUCGAGAAUUCCCUUGGCUUCAGUGCAGAAAUGUCACGUCUUUUGGCCGCUGCCAAUGGUACCGAAUACUUUCUGGCCUCUUUGGUUGCGUUGCCUCUGAUCGAGAAGAGCGGUCGUCGUACAUUGAUGCUAUUUGGUGCUUUCGGCAUGAUGGCGUCCAUGGCAAUUCUGGCCGGAACAGUGUCCACAGGAACGACCCUCCCCAACGGCGCACCAAAGCUCGACACCACCUACGGCGUGACGGCCACAGUCUUCCUUUUCGUCUUCAACACCUUCUUCGCCAUUGGCUGGCUUGGCAUGACUUGGUUGUACCCCGCCGAGAUGACCAACCUCCGCAUCCGCAUCCAGGCCAACGCACUGUCCACUUGCUCCAACUGGCUGUCCAACUUUCUCAUCGUCAUGAUCACGCCGCCGGCCUUUGCCAAACUUGGGUACCGCACGUACAUCAUGUUUGCCGUCUUCAACGCGGCCAUUAUCCCCGUCGUGUGGUUUUUCUUCCCCGAACCAAAGGGCCGCAGUCUCGAAGAACUAGAUGUCAUCUUUGCCAGCGCCUACGCGGACAAGGUCAGUCCGGUCCAACGAGCCAAGGAAAUGCGGCACAUUGAGGGCAGCGAGUUGGAGAGCGAGCUAGCCAAGUACUUUGGCACGCAUGGUACAACAGACCACGCGUAA